AUGGAUGAAUUUAUGGCAGUAGCACUUGGUACAUCCUACUUGAUGCUAUCAACCACGUCCUUUAUUGGAAUGGGAGAUAUUGUCACAAAAGAACUCAUGGAUGAGGAUGACAUGAAGUCCCAUAAGUUUGAACAAAAGAGAGGACAUAUUGCCUCAGCUGUGGAAUGCUACAUGAAAGAGAACGGUGCCACAGAAGAAGAAACGAUAAUAGAACUCGGAAAACAAGUAAAUAAGGCACGGAAGGACAUCAAUGAAGAGUGGAUCAAUCUCACCACCAUCCCCAUGCCACUACCAUUGAGAAUUCUGAAUUUUGCACGUACCAAUGAACUUAUGUACAAACAUGAAGAUGGCUUUACUCAUGCUGGAGUUGUACUUAAGGAUCUUCUGAUAUGGGUCAUUUUAAGUUGUGGUAGUGGUGGUGGUGGUGGUGGUGUUGGUUGUGGAGGUGAUGGUGGAUGUGGAGGUUUUGGAGGAGGUGGUGGUUGUGGUGGUGGUGGAGAUGGAGGUGGAGGUGGAGGUGGAGGUGGUGGUGGUGAUGAAAGUGGAGUUGGUGGUUGUGGUAGUGGUGGUGGUGGGGAUUGUAGUUGUGGAGGUGAUGGUGGUAGUGGUAGUGGCAACAUGGGGGUGGUGGUGGUGGUGGUGUUAGUUGUGGAGGUGGUGGUGGAUGUGGAGGUUUUGGAGGAGGUCGUGGUUGUGGUAGUGGUAGAGGUGGAGGUGGAGGAGGUGGUGGUGAAGGAUGAGGAGGAGGAGAAUGUGGUGGUGGUGGUGGCGGUGACAGUGGUUGUGGAGGUAGUGAAUGUUGUGAUACAAGUGGUGGAGUUGGAUGUGGAAGUGGAAUUGGUGUCAUUUUUAAAAAUGAAUGAUGGUAUUUUGGGAAUUUAA